AUGAAUGCAAAAAAAAAAAGAAUAAACACAGGCAACAAACUAAAAAGACGCGGUAACUCUUCUUCAUCUCUUUUUUUCAUUUUAUAUUUCCACCCUCAUCUUACAAUUGUGAUCUUUUUACACUUUUAUUUUCUUUCUGUAACUCUUUCUUUUUUAUAUCUUAUUUCUCUCCUUAUUUUCUUCCUUCCCUCAUACCUUUUCUUCCAAUAUUUAACUUGCCAUUUUUCUAUUUCUAUUUUUUUCUAUUUCCCUGCUUAUCGCAUUUUUUUAUUUCUCAUUUUUAUCCUUUUCCUGUCACAUUCUCCAUUUUUUCUCCUCCUUUUCUAUAUCACAUCUCAACUUAUUUUUGCUGUUCUUCUUUUUGUCUUACUUUUUCCUUCUCAUAUUUUUCUAGAUUCUUUCUUUUUUCUUUCUAUUUACUUUAAAGUAUUUUUUUUCCAAUCUGACUCGCUCUCUCAUAAGCGUGCCGUCGCCUCUCUCUGUCUUUUUUACAAAUACUUUCAUGUACUGAUUCCUAUGUUCACACAAUCUAUCUAUCUAUCUAUCUAUCUAUCUAUCUAUCUAUCUAUCUAUUUUUAA